UAUAGUGGCCCAGUGGGUAAGGAGUUGCAGAAAAUCUUAAUUCUUUAAAAGGCAACUUUUUUUUUUCUUUUUUUUUUGUUUUCCAAAAAAAAUUUAAUAGUCUCUGCAGUUUCAAUUCCCACUUCAAUCAAAACCCCUCUCUCAUCUCUCUCUUCCAUUACACCUUCCUUCACUCUUACGACUAUCGCUUUCACAUCCUUCUCUCUCUUUUCGAUUUUGAUUUUGGGUUUUUUUUUUUUGUUUUUUUUCCCCUUUUCAAUUAUGUUCACGGUGUUGGGGUAAUUGGCGGGAAGCAACCGUGAAUUCCGAUACCCCUUUGGUGUAAAGUUCGAAACUUGAGGCGUUUCGCGAAAAAGGGGUCUCGAUGGCGAACCCUUCUGGGAACCAUCAAGAGCACACGCACGUUUCGUCUUCUGCUCCCGAAACUUCCGGUGCUGCUCUCGCCAUGAAGCACAACCCUGGCAUAUCCCUCGAUUGGACCGCUGAAGAACAAGCCAUUCUCGAAGAUGGACUCUCCAAGUAUGCCGCGGAAUCCAACAUAGUACGCUAUGCAAAGAUAGCCCUACUGUUACAGCAAAAAACAGUUCGUGAUGUAGCACUGCGAGUCAGGUGGAUGAAUAAGAAAGAGAAUAGCAAGAGAAGGAAGGAUGAACAUAAUUUGACUCGAAAAAGUAAAGAUAAAAAGGAAAGGGUUUCAGAUCCUGCAGUAAAGUCAUCUAACUUUGCUGCUCGGUCUAAUGUCUCCCCAUAUGCUCCACCAAUGAUUACGAUGGACAAUGAUGACGGUAUCUCUUAUACAGCAAUUGGAGGCCCCACCGGUGAGCUAUUAGAGCAAAAUGCACAGGCCUUGAACCAAAUCUCCACAAAUCUUUCUGCUUUCCAGGUACAGGAGAAUAUCAAUCUUUUCUGCCAAACUAGAGACAACAUCCUUAAAAUUAUGAAUGACUUGAAUGACUCGCCAGAGGUGAUGAAGCAAAUGCCACCACUUCCUGUGAAGGUGAAUGAUGAGCUAGCCAAUUCCAUACUUCCAAGAACUCUCCCACCUCAAUCAUGAUAAUCAUUCAUACUUAGCCAGGCUUUCCUCUUGCAUCUUUCUGCCUGCACUUGGACUCAUCAUAUUCCACCUCUGAUCAGGACAAUAACUGCCAAAUGCCAAUCAAGUUGACCCGAGAUUUACUUUUGGAAAAAAAAAAAAGAAGAAAGAACGAAUAAUUGUUGAUAAUCAUCAAGUUGAAUUAGUUUCAAUAAUUUCAUUUUAUUUUAUUUUUCUAAUGUUGGUUUUCCUGCUCAUGUUCUCUUAUUGGCCUAACUUAGUUGUACUAUAGGAAUUAUUUAGUAUUCUUGGUAUUAAUUCAGUUAAAUUUAGGCAAUUAGAUCAAUAA